AUGCCAGCCUGCUGCAGCUGGAAUGACGUCUGCCAGUAUGAGACAAACAAAGUCACCCGGAUCCAGAGCAUGAAUUAUGGCACCCUUAAGUGGUUCUUACAUGUGAUCGUCUUUUCCUAUGUUAGCUUUGCCCUGGUGACUGACAAGCUGUACCAGAGGAAAGAGCCGGUCAUCAGCUCUGUGCACACCAAGGUGAAGGGCGUAGCAGAAGUAAAGGAGGAGAUCGUGGAGAACGGUGUGAGAAAAGUGGUGGGCAGCAUCUUCGACACCGCGGAUUACACCUUCCCCCUGCAGGGGAAUUCCUUCUUCGUGAUGACAAACUUCCUCAAGACGGAAGGUCAAGUGCAGGGGCUGUGUCCCGAGUAUCCCACCCGCAGGACACUCUGCUCCUCUGACCAGGGCUGCAGGAAGGGAUGGAUGGAUCCACAGAGCAGAGGAAUCCAGACUGGAAGGUGUGUCGUGUACAAAGGUAGCCAGAAGACCUGUGAGGUGUCUGCCUGGUGUCCCACGGAGGCUGUGGAAGAGGCGCCCCGGCCUGCACUCUUGGCCAGCGCUGAAAACUUCACUGUGCUCAUCAAGAACAACAUCGACUUCCCCGGCCACAACUACACCACGAGAAACAUCUUACCGGGUUUAAACAUCUCCUGCACUUUCCAUAAGACUCAGGACCCACAAUGCCCCAUCUUCCGGCUGGGAGACAUCUUUCGGCAAACAGGAGAUAAUUUUUCAGAUGUUGCGGUUCAGGGAGGGAUCAUGGGCAUUGAGAUCUACUGGGACUGCAACCUGGACGGGUGGUUUCAUCACUGCCGCCCCAGAUACAGUUUCCGCCGUCUGGAUGACAAGAACGUCAAUGAGUCCUUGUACCCUGGCUACAAUUUCAGGUACGCCAAGUACUAUAAAGAAAACAAUGUGGAGAAACGGACUUUGAUCAAAGCCUUUGGGAUCCGUUUCGACAUUCUGGUGUUUGGCACCGGAGGAAAAUUUGACUUGAUCCAGCUGAUUGUGUAUAUCGGCUCGUCGCUCUCCUACUUCGCCUUGGCCACGGUCUUCAUCGACUUUCUUAUCAACACUUACUCAAGCAACUGCUGCCGCUUGCACAUCUAUCCCCGCUGCUCCAAGUACUGCAAGCCCAAUGAGUACUACUACAGGAAGAAGUACGAGUCUGUUGUGGAGCCAAAACGGACACUGAAGUAUGUGUCCUUUGUGGAUGAACCCCACAUUCUGAUGGUGGACAAGCAGCUGCUGGGGAAAAGCCUGCAGGAUGCCAAGGGCCAAGAAAUCCCAAGACCGCCACUGGACUUCACAGACUUGUCCAGGUUGCCUGUGUCAUUCUUGGACCCGUUCCCGAGCCCUGGAGACAUGGCAGAAAUGCAGCCAUUUAGUCCUGGAGACGCGGCAGAAAUGCAGCCAUUUCUCAAAGAGGCGGCUGCCAGGCCCAAGGAGAGCCCAGGCUGGUGCCAGUGCGGGAGGUGCCUGCCCUCCCGCCUCUCGGAGAACCGCCGCUGUCUGGAGGAGCUGUGCUGCCGCCGGAAGCCGGGGGCCUGCAUCACCACCUCCGAGCUCUUUGAGAAGCUGGUGCUCUCCAAGCCCACCCUGCAGUUCCUCCUGCUCUACCAGGAGCCCCUGCUGGCGCUGGACCCGGAGGCCACCAACAGCCGCCUGCGACGCUGCGCCUACCGGUGUUACAUCGCCUGGCGCUUCGGCUCCCAGGAUCUGGCAGACUUCGCCAUCCUGCCCAGCUGCUGUCGCUGGCAGAUCCGCAAGGCGUUUCCCAAGAGUGGGGCGCAAUAUGGUGGCUUCAGGAGCCCCUACUGACUACGCACAGGCUGGCUGACCUUUCUCUCCCACAGCUCCAAGCAGCCCCCACUCCGGGUCAUCAACCACAGACUGAAAGUACUUGGCAGGGGGAAAAAAAGGUUCCAGAAAGU